UUCUUUAUCCUGAUUGGUCAAUGGAACAGUGGUGUUUGCAACGCCAAGUGAACUGCACCCAAUACUCAAAUAUUAUUUUACUUACAGCAUCGAUAGUUGAAUCCCUAAGGACAAGCGUCGUGCAAACGUUCACCAGGUGGCGACUACAUCUAAAUAAGAGUCAGCGCGAUCAGAUUGAACAUAGGCGACAUAUAGAAUAUAUAUGUUGCGAGGUUGCAAACCAGCCUGCCGUAUUAUAGUUCUCUACCACAUGUUGAUUAAUUAAAACAAUAAGAAGAGAUAAAAAAAGGGCAUUUUCGCGGACACCACUGCCGGUACUUGGCACGCGUUGUUCGCGCGAACUCGUCAAUCGUCACGUCUGUUUCUACUCCGACCAAGUCCAAGUCCGUCAGAUUCGCGAACGGCCGAGAUCUCUGCACGCAACUUCUCACGUUCCCUCGAGAGGCACCCGUCGUCGUUGUGUUACGUCACGUACAGCCGUCGACAGUGAUCGAGACUAACGAUCACGGUAAUCGGUUGUGAAGAGCCAGCUCGUUGUUUCGCUCGCUCACUCGCUGUCACGAACAUAUAUACGCGCUUGCUCGCCGUUUUUCCAACGCGGAUUAUUCCUCGCUGUAGUAAUCUCAGCAGCGAUCAGCGUGCGUGACAGCGUCCCGCGCCUGUCAAACCGCGAUCCAAGUCCGCGCAGCAUCGAGUCCGAUCGCCACUGCGCGUUGCAUUUGCACGCUUUGCGUUUACCUCGCGAUUCGGGCCUGUGUUUGCGUAUAACCUAAAAGCCAUCGUGAAUGUUGAGAAUCUUUGCGAUCCUCACGGCUUCCUCCUCAUUCACCGCUCAUCAAACGUUCCCGUGGAUCCGUGAGAGAUCGUCGAGCGUCGCCGGAGACGUCGCGUAAAAGCGUUGCGAGUAAGCGAGAACACGUGCGACGCGACGGCAGCUGCGAUUUGUCGUCCACGGGCGAGAAAACGGAUUUUUUUGACGUCGAGCGGUCAUCGGGAAAGUAGUCAAAAUUCCGGUCCCUACUAAGAAACGAGAGGGCCUCCAACAAACCGGCGGCAGAAAUCCACCAACGACUGGUGAGGAACCGUCAGGCAAAAUGAACAGCAAGAGGAAGAAUCGUACAAAUAAUAACAGGUACUGCCAAUCUCUUGGCUCCCCUCGUCAAGAUCAUAAUAGCAGAUCUCCGCGAUCACGUGUGUCUCCUGCGGAGAGAAGCAUUGUAGCGGAAGGAGUCUAUAACAAUGCUCAUUUUAUGCAUGCAAUUACUGGCCAUGUUGGGAAUGUAGUACAGAUUCAAACGCAAAAUGGCUCAGUAUAUGAGGGUAUAUUUAGAACAUUCUCAAGUAAUUUUGAUGUAGUAUUAGAAAUGGCUCAUCGAGUAGAAGAAAAGAUUAAUGCAGAUAAUGUAGUAGAGAAAUUAAUUUUUAAAUCACAUGACAUUGUCACUAUAUCUGCCAAGGAUGCUGAUUUGGAAUAUGCUAUAAGAGAUACUUUCCAAACGGAUACAGCUAUUAGUAAGUUUAAUGGUUUAGUCGGUGAAAAGGAACUUGAGCCUUGGGAUCCACCAAAUACUGCUAUUAAUGGAACCGAGCUAGAAUUAGAUGGUGCCUCUAAUGGUUGGGAUGUUAAUGAAAUGUUUCGUAAAAAUGAACAAGACUAUGGAGUUCAAACAACAUUUGAGCCUUCAUUAGUAGGUUAUACUUUACAGCUUCGUAAAGAUACAAAAGAUUAUAAAGAGCAGGAACAAAAGGCUGCUGAAAUAGCAAAUGAGAUUGAAUCUCAACCUAAUCAUAAGGCUAGAUUAGAAUUGGAAAAUGGAGAUGAAGAAGAAAGAUUUGCAGCUGUAACAAGACCCACUGAAGGGAAAUAUAUUCCACCACCAUUGAAGAAGAAAAAUGGUAAUACUAGCAAAUUAAUGAGAUCCAAUGAACCUCCGUCUUCGCCAGGAACUACGAAUAAUAAGAAUGUCUACAACCAACCAUCUCCGUCCACAGUUAAUGUAAAUGUCCCACAACCAAAUAUAUCGGUUGGAGUACAGCCUGCUCAUGCUUCGGUACAACAUCCAGUACCUUUAAAUAUGGGUAUGCCACCCAAUGGAGUGGUUGUCACGUACAAUAAUCCACCGCCGCCAUUCGUGCCUCCACCUACGACACAAUCGCAGCAAGUAAUUCAACAGAAUCAACCACAAUCUCAAGUUACUCCUUCAAUACCGCAAGUAGGCUUUCCUUCGCAGCAACAACAAACACCUUCGAAUAAAAUAAAUACAGAGAAACGGGAGCGACCUGGCAGACAACAGGUUUAUCAAGCUGAUAAAGCGCCACCAGCGCCAUUCCCUCAAUCAAAUGCUGCAUCUUUGCAUCAACAACAGUCUUCACAUCAACAACAUACAUCAUUACCACAACAGAAUUCUGUGGAAGGACAAAUAGUCAUACAUAAAUCAGAUCAUCGGAAGGUUCCGACACCUCGUGGCAGAGAUGAACAGCAUUCGGAACUGAGACAGUUUGCUGCAGAAUUUAAAUUAGCAGAAUCACCAGAUACUUCUCAAAUUUCCCGAAAGCAACAGCAUCAGCAUCAACAAGAUGUACAUUCCACUACUUCAAUGAAUCAGCCGCAUCAUCAAGCUCCUCAUCAACAUACAAAUACACAACAACAAUCGCAACAACAACCGUCAACGCAGCAGCAUAACAGUCCUCAUCAACAACAUCAGACUGUACAAGAAGAACCUGUCAUUACCAGUAAGCCACCACCUGGUCCACCACUAGCAGUAAGAUCUACAAGUCCGCCUCAGCAGCAGCAGCAGCAACAACAACAGCAACAACAACAACCACCACAAACCAAUACUCCAACAGUACAACAAUCACCACCCGAACCUGCGGUUGAUAAAAUAACUACUGCUUUUAAGAAAUCUACAUUGAAUCCAAACGCUAAAGAAUUUAAUCCAAAUGCCAAACCUUUUACACCACGGUCUCCUAGUACGCCAACACCUAGUCGGCCACAUACACCUCAGACUCCUCAGUAUACAGGAGUGACUAUGCCCGCAACUGUUGUUAUGCCGGCAUAUGUAACACCAACGGCAUUUAGUCAGCCACCAGCUCAACAAAUGACAAGGUUCCGAAAGGUGCCAAUGAUGCAACAUCGUGGGCCAGAUAUAGCGUCCCAGAUGCAAGUGGCAGCAGCAACGGGACAGCCAUUAUUAGCGCCAGCCAUACAUCCACCAUUCCAGGUGCCUUAUCCAGGACAACCAGCGUAUCAGCAAAUGGUACGCAUGGUCCAGGCACCGCCGCCACCGCCACACAUGGCUACUCCAUACCAUCAUCAUCACGACUCGCAAGGACCGCAGGCCCCUGGUAUACAGUACAUGGGCCCGCAUACACAUCCACAUCCUCAUGUAACUCAACAACCACCUAGCCAAACGCCAUCUCCAGCCAAUCCAAAUCAACCGCACACACCGGGUGCUUAUAAUCCACCCGGUACUCCACAGCCUACAUAUCCGCAACCUCCGCCUCAGGGUCACGCCCCGAGUUAUCCAAUUAUGUGUCCGAUAAUUCCACCUCAUAUACCAAUUCCACCACAGCAUAUGCAAUACCUACCACCGCAGCCACCUCCGGGUGCGCAACAAACUAUACCCGUUAUUUUACCGCACAAUCAGUAGCUGGUAACAUGAAGUAAAAGAAGAAAGAGAAGAAUGCUAGUAUUCUGAAAUGGUAGAAUAAGACUUUCAAAAUUAAGUUACUUUCACGAUGGUAUGAUUGCUUGCUUUGAUUGAUUGCUUGAAAAACUGCUCGCUUCUAUAUCUUUCAAUUUAUCCCAUCAAUCCAUUAUCUGUCAGUGUAAAUUAAAUACUUGUCAACUUUCUAUAUUGAAGAGCAGUUUCAAAUUAUCUUGGCUUUCGUUUUAUAAUGUGAAAAAAAAAGAAGGAUAAUCAAUGGCAAUAUUUAUCCUGAAUGAUGUUUUAAACAAUCAAAGAGUAUUAACCAUCAUGAAAGUAAUUUUUCUGCUUUAAAUGUAGGUCGAUCGUCGAAUUAUGACCUAUGUCUGUAUUAUGGACUUUAAAAAUUUCAUCACAUUGAUUAUUUUAAUCAAGUUUUAAAAUUAUUUCAUAAAAUUUCCACGAAUUUAUUUUUAUCAAAUUAAUGUGUUGGAUACAAAAAAUGAGUUUAUCAAAGAUUUCUUUGAUAACAUGCAUUUUUAUUGAGUAGUGCUUUAACGUAUUGGAGAGAAUACGAGGGAUCGCUCGUUUAUAUGCGCAUUUUGAAUUUAAAAAUUCCAAUCUUUCAUAUAAAUAUGCUUGCAUUACUUUAUGAACCAAGAUUUUCAACCAAAAAGCGAAAAAUAUUGCGCGAGCGAAUUUAUCUCUAUCUCCCUUUUCUUUUUUUUUCUGUUUUUAAGAGAUGAUUAUCGAAAUUGCGAGAAUGAGAUAUAUGAAAAUACAUGGCAUAUUUUUCUGCCCAUGUGUGGUCAGGUGUUAAUUCUACUCACAAAGAAGAACAAGACGAGCUCGCGAAAAAAAUGGAUAGAACGAUUACGACUACUUCUUUGAAUCUGAUUUGAACGAAGCGAGUAAUUACUGAAGCUGGCGAACGGCUUGCAGGGUAAAACACUAGCGAAAUAUAGGAUUCUGCGGUUUGUUGAUGAGUUUUGUUACAAGAUAUUGAUAGGUGCAUGAUUUUCAAACGUGAAAGAUUACAGCAAAAUAUGCGAACAGAUACAACAUCUGCACACUGACAAAUCCCGCAACGUUAACGGUGCGAAUAGUAGGCAUCAGAGAGGUACAUAAUUACAUAUCGAAUAAUGUAAGCUUCAAUCAAUUUAUUAUCAAAACCUCAACAAUUAGUUUCAGUAAUAUACAUAACACAUAAUUAUGUUUUGUGUUAAUAGUUUAAUACAAUCUUUGUGUUUUCAUAUUUUAUCAUGUUUUGAAAAAGUAAAUGCAUAAUAAAAAGUACGAAAUAAUAUAAUUUAAAAGUUUAUCCAAAAAGGAUGAUAUACAUAAACGUUAUUAAUAUUAACUAAAAAAAUUUGAUAUUACCGAUUUUAUUCUUAUAGAUCCGAAUUAUGUAUAAAAAUUCAAAUUUAAUAUAUAUAUAUAUUAAUAUAUAUUAAUAUAAUUAACAUAAUAUAUAUUAAUAUAUAUUAAUAUAAUUAACAUAAUAUAUAUUAAUAUAUUUUAAUAUAAUUAACAUAAUAUAUAUUAAUAUAUAUUAAUAUAAAGGCAAUAGUUUUAUAACUGUCAUAUAAAAUAAUUGCUAAGCAGAAGAAAAUAUCAAGAAAGUUGUAACAAUACCUGCUUAUGUUGUUUUUUAACUUUAAAAAUUAUUGUGUGCCAUUUAUCGUGAAAUACAUCUCGUUACAUUGUUAUAUAUAUCUGUGCAAAAUUUCUGUUAAAAAUUAAAUUUAAUACUAAAAAUAUAAAUUAUUAAUAUAAUAUUAUUCAAAGGAUAAUUAGAAAUGAAGCAAUGUAAUUGAUUUGUAUGUAUGAGUCGUUUGUUAAUUAUGUACUUCUCAUUUAAUGAGCAAAAAAAUAGAUGCUUGAUAGCUGAACUUAAAAAUAUAUCUGAACAUGAUAUAUAUACUAUUAAUUAGGGCAAGUGAUGAGAUUAGCGGUAAAGAAAGGGAGAUACUGCUAAUAAUUACAGAUUUUUUUCGAUUUAGUUUACAAAUAUGAUUAAAUCCUUUUAUUCUAUAUUUUAUUUUCUAUGUUAAAAUAGUUUCCCUUUAAACUGGAAUUCCCUUGCACUGCUCUUUUAUUAUGCAUUUGUUACAUGACUGUAUAAGAAGUUAUGGACAUGCAUAAUGUCUUUUUUUUGUAUGCUGGUCUAUACAAAACUAUAACAUUUAUAUAUAUAUAUACAUGUAUAUAUACAUAUAUACAUAUAUGUAUAUGUAUGUUCUCAUAUACCAUUAGAAUAAGAGCAGGGACCAAGAAAAAAAAGGAUGAUUUUUCUCAAUGUGCUAAAAAUAUCUAUUUGACUAUAAAACACUAAACUAUAUUUAUUUAAAACUAUUGAUACUGAAAACUAUUCAACUAUUGAAUUAAGAAGGGCAAAGUAUUUCAUUUUUUCAAUGAUUAUCCGCUAAUCUCAGCUUUUCCUUGUAGAAAAAUCUGUCCAGAUGAAUUUUUAGUCCAUGCUCGAUACCGAUUGGGAAAAGAAUGUUCAACAACUACGGCCUUAGACCUAAUCGUGUAUAUAAACAGAAGAAAGCAAAAACAACAUUUGCAUGAGAAUAGUUGAGUGUGUGGCAUCGCUAAACAGAUUUUAUAUUGAAGAGAUUUAAAAAGAAGAAAAACAUCAAAAUAAAAAAAAUCAAUACGUUAAAAACCAA